AUGUUUGAGCAGAUCCGCAGGAGAUUGAAUCUUUCCACUCCCCGGCAAAGCGACACCAGAACAGUAUACGUGGCUGCAAACUUUCCUGAAGAUGAUACUCAGAAAUUUGCUGACAACAAGGUGACAUCAUCAAAGUAUACCACGUGGAAUUUUAUUCCCAAGAAUUUGUUUCAACAAUUUAAAAAAAUUGCCAAUUUUUAUUUUCUUCUUAUACUUCUUGUACAGCUUCUGAUAGACACCCCUACAAGUCCUGUUACCAGCGGACUUCCUUUAUUCUUUGUCAUUGUAACAACAGCAAUAAAGCAGGGUUACGAAGACUUUCUGCUACAUAAAGCAGAUAAUGAAGUCAAUAAUGCCGAGGUCUGUGUUAUCAGAUCGAGCGGUUUUCUGAAAACCGUAUCUAAAAACAUAAGAGUCGGGGAUAUUGUUCGUGUGAACAGAGAAGAGAUCUUCCCUGCAGAUUUGGUUUUAUUAGCAUCUGACAAUGACGAGGGAACAUGCAGCGUCACAACUGCAAGCUUGGAUGGAGAAACCAAUCUCAAGACUCACACUGCUAUUCCAGAGACUGCUAGUUUGCAGUCAAUUUCCAGUUUAGUGUCGAUUAAAGCCAUCGUGGAAUGUCAGCAACCAGAAGCAGAUCUCUACAGAUUUAUAGGUCGAAUAAGAGUUACUCAUGAAGGCGAAGACAUUGUAAGGCCAUUAGGUCCAGAAAACCUCCUCCUGCGUGGAGCAAGACUGAAAAACACCAAGGAAAUAUUUGGUGCAGUUGUGUACACUGGCAUGGAGACUAAAAUGGCUUUAAAUUACAAAACGAAGUCACACAAACGGUCAGUAGUGGACAAGUCAAUGAAUACAUUUUUGAUGAUUUACUUGGCGAUUCUUUUGUUUUUGGCAUUCCUCUGCACCAUCUUAAAGUACUCUUGGAACUCUGCUCUAAGCAUACACCAGCCAUGGUAUAACAAACCUUCUGCCAGAGAAAUACAGCGUAGCCAUGGAGAACAAGUUAUUUCGGACUUUCUUGCCUUCCUUGUUCUUUACAAUUUGAUCAUUCCCAUUUCACUUUAUGUCACCGUGGAAAUGCAAAAGUUUCUUGGCUCCUUUUUCAUUAGCUGGGAUAUUGAUUUUUACUAUGAACAGAAUGAUGAGAAAGCAAAAGUGAAUACAUCGGAUCUUAAUGAAGAACUGGGCCAAGUGGAAUACGUCUUCACUGACAAGACGGGAACACUGACAGAAAAUGAAAUGGAGUUACAAGAAUGCUCCAUCAAUGGAGUAAAAUAUCACUUGAGAGAUGGGAUGCUAGUUGGUGAAGAUGUAAUCAAGGGUUCAGGCUCCCCUUCCAGUUUCACAUGCGAGGAGGUGAUGUUCUUGAGAUCAGUGGCACUGUGUCACACCGUACAGAUUAACACCGAUAACCUGGAUCAUCUGGAAGACAUUCAGAAAAAUGGUAUCACAUCAAAGAUUGAGUACUUUGCAACAUCUCCGGAUGAAAAGGCACUAGUCGAAGCUGCAAACAGAAUUGGCGUGUCUUUCGUCGGAGCCCAUGGAGACAUUAUGCAUAUCAAAGUGUUUGAAGAACAGGAGACGUAUAAGUUGCUUCAUGUUUUGGAGUUUGAUUCAAAGCGAAGGCGAAUGAGUGUCAUCCUGAAGGGCCCUUCAGAUGAAAUGUUACUUUUUACAAAAGGAGCUGAAUCCUCUAUUCUUCCAUUUGUUAAAAGUGGGGAAGCUGAGAAAACACGGGUUCACGUAGAUGAGUUUGCACUGAACGGACUCCGGACUCUAGUCUUCGCUUGUAGACACCUCAGUGAGAAAGAAUAUCUAGAGAUCAACCAGCAACUCUAUGAGGCCAAAACUGCCUUGGUACAGAGGGAGGAGAAACUCGAUAGUGUGUUUAACUUUAUUGAAGAUAACUUGGAACUCCUAGGGGCUACCGGUGUAGAAGAUAAAUUACAAGAUAACGUAAAGGAGACCAUUGAAGCACUCCGGAUGGCAGGAAUCAAAGUAUGGGUGUUAACGGGGGACAAAUACGAAACUGCUGUCAGCAUCAGUCUCUCCUGUGGCCAUUUUAACCAAAACAUGAAAAUAUUGGAACUUGUUCAGGUAGAUACAGAAGCUGAUUGUGCUGAAAAGAUGGCUCAGUUUGAUAACCAAGUGAAAGAGGACCCAGACACCGAACAUAGCCUUGUUGUGGAUGGCGCCAGCCUUUCUCUGAUACUAAAAGAGAACGAAGAGCUCUUCAUGGAUGUCUGCAGUAACUGCUCAACUGUGCUAUGCUGUCGAAUGGCUCCACUCCAAAAGGCAAAAGUGGUCCAGCUGUUAAAAACAUCCCCACAAAGGCCUGUAACGUUAGCCAUAGGAGAUGGAGCCAAUGAUGUUAGCAUGAUUCAGGAGGCCCAUGUGGGCAUUGGCAUCAUGGGCAAAGAGGGAAGACAAGCUGUUAGAAACAGUGACUAUGCCUUUGCACGAUUCAGAUUCCUCUCAAAGUUGCUCUUGGUCCAUGGCCACUUCUAUUAUAUCCGAAUAACGACCCUUGUACAGUACUUUUUCUACAAGAAUGUCUGCUGUGUCAUGCCACAGGUCUUGUUCCAGUUUUACUGCCUGUUUACCCAACAAACUCUGUAUGACAGCGCUCAUUUAACACUCUACAAUAUUUCGUUUACUUCCCUACCAAUUCUGGCCUACAGCCUGUUUGAGCAAAAAGUGCCUCCCUCUGUGCUGCACAACAAUCCAGUUUUGUAUAAAGAUAUAAGCAAAAACGCUCAUCUUUCCCACAAACCAUUUUUGUACUGGACUUUCCUAGGCUUCAGCCAUGGUUUUAUAUUCUUUUUUGGUCCGUUUCUUUUUACUGGAGAAGAAAGAUCAGCCCUCAGUACUGGACAGAAUUUUGGGAGCUGGACAUUUGGCACAUUUGUCUAUACCAUUAUGUUUGUGACUGUUACCUUAAAGCUUGCUAUAGAAACAUAUUACUGGACAUGGUUGAACCAUUUUGCAACCUGGGGUUCCAUAAUAUUUUAUUUUGUAUUCUCUCUGUUUUAUGGUGGAAUAAUUUGGCCAUUUCUGAAAAAGCAAGAUAUGUACUAUGUGUUUAUUAUCUAUGUAUGUAGCGGUACUGCUUGGCUCUCUUUGAUCAUUAUUAUCCUCAUCUGUCUUAUCCCUGACAUUUUAAAAAAAAUUUUGUGCAGACAUGUCUGGCCCACGCGUACCCAGUGCUUUCAGAAGCAGGAGAAAGAGGCAUCAAAACAGACGAAUAGCAUUAGAGCUUAG